CAUCGAUCUUUCGAAUCCUGAAUUAAUAAAAUUCCGACAUUGAAAUUUGAAGCACUUUUACUACUUUUGCAACGUAUGCUUACAUUUCCCACAAGGGCAAAGUCGGGAUUUCCCACUAAGUCAAUGCCCUCCUAAACUCUUAUUGGCGAGAUGGUUAGAGAAAAUAAUGGGUAUUCUAAACAGUACUCGAAUGUUAUUGCUCUAAAAUAACAACCAAAGUUAGUAAGGAAUAAGAAGAUAAAUGAAUUAGUAGUGAAUAAGAUGAUUAAUAAUUACAAUCGACUCUUAAAUGUGUAAGAGUCUAGUAAAACAGUGUUAAUUUCAUAAUUUUUGUUUGAGUGAAAUUUUGUAAAAGAGUCAAGUGAAAUUGUGUUUAAGUAAAAUUGUGUUAAUUUAUGUUUAGAGUGAAAUUGUGUUUUCACAUGUAAAUUAAAUCUCAUGUAAGCUUGCUUUUAAAUGGCCUUAAAUUCUCUGAUAUGACCUAUUUAAGUCUCGUCUAUUCAUAUUGAAUUAUUAUGAAAAUUGGUUCAUAUUUUCUCUGCUUCAUGUACUUAUUAUGAAAAUCAGUAUACUGCUCUAUGUACUUAUUCCAAAGGAUGCAUUCAUUUUUGUUUCCUCUAUAGUUAUCACACAUAUAUUAAGUAUAUUGUGGUUAUUUAUUUUCUCUGAUUAGAAAGUUUCUUAUAGCAUAAACUCCAUGUUCUUUUAUUUUAUGACUUGUAAAUUUCAAGUUGUGGUCUGUUCAUUGUAGCAUGAAUCCAACCCUGUGUAAAAAAAGAUUUCAAUGAUUAGACUCGAGAGCAAAUGAUACGAAUUGAAUAAUGACCACUCGGAAAUGUUUUAGAGUGGUCAACAUUAUCUCUUCAUAAUGCAAAACUAACUCUAGUGUCUCCCCAUCCUUUGAAUGGGGAGGCACCUCAUACGCCCUAAUCACUCAACUUUCAGAGUCCAUGGGGAUUGUAAUCUUCAAAUGUAUUAUUUAUAGAUGUGCCCCUCCAAUAUCUCCGAGCUGGUUCGGCUGCCACCACCACCUGACUCUUCUGUCACCAACAGACUGAACUUCAUUAUGGAAGAGGACUAUCUGGUAAGUAAUUAUAUGAGGGGUUGAAAUGCAAGGUUUAAUUUUAUCUACUCCGUAUUGAAUACUACGUAUAAAGUAGGGGCUCAUACGAAGUACGAAGUAAUUCAUAUUCAAGGAAGAAAUAGACUCAAAUUGGGCACUAUGGUUUUAUCAGAAUCUCAUAUUGGACACUAAAGUUUCGAAUGGAUCAAAUUUGACACUAUGGUUUCAUAUGUAUCUCAUAUUGGACACUAAAGUUUCAUAAUUCAUUGUUUUUGGACACUGUUAUGAUCCAACUUGGAAUCAGCGGAAAAAAAAAAUAAUGGAGAAGAAGAUGCUACCAGAAGUUAGUUAGAGGGUGCAGGGAAAGAGAAGAAAGAGAAAAGAAUUAUGAGAGUGAUAAGGGAAUGAUACUUGUCGUAUCUUCCUACGUGUUCAUUUCUUCCUUAUAUAAGAUCCAAAAUAAGAGUAAUAACAGCUCAGUACAUAAAAGGGUCCAAACAGCCAAUAAAUUGUAAAUGGACUAUAAUAUUUAGUAAACAGCCCAAUAGUAUUAAGAGGCCCAAGUAUUUGAUAAUAUUCCUUCUUAGUUUUGAAUACAGCUUCCCGCUCCUGUAACAGCUCCAUCUCUAGUUAGGGUCAUAACAAUACCCCCUCCUUUUUUAGAUCCUUGUCCCCAAGGAUCAGCCUUUCGGAAGAAGUUCAUGAGUUUGGCCUUCGGUAGCCAUCCCUCAUACAUCCUCCCCUUAUCAUCAGAGCCCAAUAUUAAAGUUACCCCCAGAGAUCCUUUUCCUUCCAUACGAAUAGCCUGCACUGAAUCUGGAGAUAUGAAGAAGCAUCCAUCUUGGUCAACUGGGGGAAGAGUGGUAGACACCUCUGUCUGUGGUCGGAUACAGCGUUUCAGAAGAGAGACAUGAAAGACUGGGUGUACUUUAGCAUCACCCGGCAAGUCCAAUUUGUAAGCCACCUUCCCAAUUUUCUCAAUUAUGGUGUAAGGCCCAUAGUAACGAGCUGAUAGUUUUUGAUUCCGCCUCAUAGAUACUGUUUGUUGCCUGUAUGGUUGCAAUUUCAAAUAAACUUUAUCACCCACAUUGAAAUCCCUGUCUGUCCUUUUGAUGUCUGCAUAGUGUUUCAUCCGUUCUUGAGCAAGUUUGAGAUUCUCUUUUAAGUCAUGUUUCAGCUGUUGUCUGUGGUUUAUAAAUUCCUUGACAUCCAGGUUGGUUGUAACAGAAGGCGUGGGCAGGGAAAGAGUUGGGGGUGUAUGUCCAUACAAUGCCUCAAAAGGAGUGGUUUUGGUACUGGAAUGGUAGUUGGUAUUAUACCAAUACUCUGCCAGGGCCAGCCAAUUGAUCCAUUGUUUAGGAUUCUGGUGAGUCAUAGCUCUAAGAUAGGCCUCCAAACAUUGAUUCAACCUCUCUGUUUGCCCAUCUGACUGGGGAUGGUAUGCAGAUGUGUAACUCAAAUGAGUACCUAGGAGUUUAAACAAUUCCUUCCAAAAUGUGCUUAAGAACAAAGCAUCUCUAUCAGUGAGUAUGUCCAAGGGUUGUCCAUGCAGUUUGAAGAUAUUAUCUAGGAAUAGUUUGGCCACAGUUGUGGCUGUAUAGGGAUGGGAAAGGGGUAAGAAAUGCCCAUACUUGGUAAGUCUAUCAAUCACAACCAGUAUGACAUCUUUACCUUGAGAUUUUGGUAACCCUUCAAUAAAAUCCAUACUUAUAUGACUCCAAGCCUGGUCAGGGAUGGGUAAUGGUUGUAGUAAACCCGGGUAAUAACCCCCUUCUGGUUUUGUCCUGGCACACACUUCACACUCCUUUACCCAAAGGGUAAUGUCACUUUUCAUUUUAGGCCAGUAAAAUACCCUUUUUAUUCUCAUGUAGGUACCUUGGAUCCCAGAAUGCCCACCAAUUGCUGAGGCAUGAAGCUCCUUGAAGAUAGUGUGUCUGAGGUCAGUGGCCCUGCCAAUAACUAGCCUGCCCAUAUUCCUAAGGAUCCCUCCAAGAAUCUCAAACUCAGGAUGGGUUUCAGGAUCCUUAACUUUGUCAUUUAUAAUUUGAGAGAAAUGAGAAUCUCCUUCAUAACUGUUUAGUACUUGCUGCAUCCAUGUAGGUUUGAUAAUAGAUACUGAAUAACAACUGAAUUCCUCUGUUUCCACCCUUGAUAGGGCAUCAGCCACCUUAUUUUCCACCCCUCUCUUAUAGAGUAUUUCAUAAUCCAUUCCCAAAAGCUUAGUUAUCCAUUUCUGCUGCAGUGGGGUGGUAAUUUUCUGGUCUAACAGGUGUUUUAAGGCCUGUUGAUCAGUCUUGAUGAUGAACUUACUACCCUGUAGGUAAUGCCUCCACUUUUGGAUGGCCAUAAGCACAGCUAGAAACUCCUUUUCAUAUACUGAGAGUCCCAUGUGUCUAAUUCCCAGCUUUUUACUUAAAAAUGCUAGAGGUCUUCCUUCCUGCAUCAAGACUGCUCCUAUGCCACUACCACUCGCGUCAGUUUCAACAAUGAAAGGCUUGGUGAAAUCUGGCAGUGCCAAUACUGGUGUGGUGGUCAUGGCAGUCUUCAGCUCCCUAAAGGCAUGUUCUGCAUCCGAGUUCCAAACAAACCCCCCUUUUUUCAGUAAAGCUGUGAGAGGUCUACUAAUAAUUCCAUAGCCCUUCACAAAUUUCCUGUAAUAACCUGUUAGCCCCAGGAAUCCCCUCAAUCCCUUCAAGGUGGUUGGGGUGGGCCAGUUGAGCAUGCUCUCAAUUUUUUCAGGAUCAGUAGCAACCCCAUUAUGGGAUAUGAUAUGUCCCAAAUAUGAAACUUCUUCCUGCCCAAAAAUGCAUUUGCUUUUCUUUGCAUAAAGCUGAUGUUUCCUUAGUAAUCCUAGAGCCAUUUUGAGAUCAUGUAUGUGUUGUUGCCAGGUAGGACUAUAUACCAAUAUAUCAUCAAAAAACACCAAAACUGUUUUUCUCAAGUAAUCUUUAAAAAUCUGAUUCAUUAAUGACUGAAAGGUAGCCGGGGCAUUGCACAGCCCAAAGGGCAUAACUAGGAACUCGUAAUGCCCAUGGUGUGUUCUAAAUGCUGUCAGAUACCUGUGUUCGGGAGCCAUGAGUAUCUGAAAAUACCCUGAUCUUAAAUCUAUUUUAGAGAAGAAUUUUGCCCCUCUUAGCUCAUCUAGUAGUUCAUCAAUGACUGGGAUAGGAUAAUCAUGUUUGAUAGUGAGGCUGUUGAGAUACCUGUAGUCAACACACAUUCUCCAGGUGCCAUCCUUUUUCUUCACCAAUAGUACUGGAGAUGAGAAUGGACUCUUGCUAGGUUGGAUUUCUCCAGUAGAUAGGAGUUCAGCUACAAUUUUCUCUAUUUCAUCCUUUUGACUGUGGGAUACUCUAUAUGGAUAUUGUUGUUUAGGUUGGCUUCCUGGUUUUAACAAAAUCUGGUGUUCAACCCCUCUUGGGGGAGGCAAGGAAGUAGGUUUUUCAAACACAUCUUCAAACUCUUCCAAAAGUUUUUCCAGCCCUUCAGGUGGGUCUAGUCCAGGUUCCUUCAGUUUGACCCAGUAAACUUCUUCCACUGAAUUUGAUUUUUCUUCAUGAAUCAUGUGGCAUAACAUCUGGCAAGUGAUUAGGGGGCAUUUAUCUUCACAUUGUAACUCAAUUUGUGCAUCUUCUGUGGUUACAGUAACACUCAUCUUCUGGUAGUCAUACUUAACUGGAGUUAGAUCCCUGAGCCAGUCUCCUCCCAAUAUCAAGUCAAAUUCAUUGGUGUCCAGAACUCUGAAGGUGUAUUCAAAGGUAUGAUGCUGCAUUUCCCAAUUUAGAUUAGAUAUCUGUGUAGUGCUGCUCAUUUUGAUUCCUCCUGCAGUUGUAACUCUCAAAGGGUUAGCUUCUAUUUCCUUGCAUCCCAACUUGUGCACUGUAUUUUGGCUAAUGAAGCUUAUGGAAGCACCAGAGUCAAUGAGUAUAUGUAUUUUGUGUUUUCCAAUUUUUCCCCACAGAGUCAUGGUAGUGUUCCCCCUAGUCUUGCUGGCAGCUCCCAGAGUUAGUAAUACCUCAUCGAGGUCAUUAAUCUCUUCCUCUUCUUGGGGUAUAUUUUUGGAUGGAGUUUCUGACUCAUUUUCUGCUAGCAACACAUAAACAUGUCUUUGUCUGCACCUGUGUCCAGGGGUGAAUUUUUCAUCGCAAUUAAAACAUAAUCCCUUUUCUCUUCUUGAUGUCAUUUCUGCAGGAGUAAGCAGCUUGAAAGGGGGAGCAGUGGGCAGGCUUCCUGGCAUCUUCUGGUGCCCCACUGAUGUUUCCACUUUCUUGGGUAUGGUUUGGGUGCCAUAUGAUGCCCUUCCCCCCAACUUAAUCCUCCUAGUUAAUGUGUCCAGAGCUAAAAGCUGAUUCCUGACCAAAUCAAUAGCUGAAUCCAAGGUGGUAGGUUUGAAUAAUUUAAUAAAAGCUUUUAACUCUUCUGUGAGUCCACUGAUAAAACUAGCAACAAAGUACUGUUCAGUAAACAACCCCUUGUGCAACAACAACAUACAUGAUUUCAAUUCCUCAAAUUUUUCAACAUAAUUUUCAUAGUCAUUACCCAUUCUGAGUUUAUUGAAAUCUUCAAUGACUGAUGACUCUUUUAGGCCCUCAAAACGAGAUGAUAUGACCCCCAUAAAUUGUUCCCAUGUUAACAAUGUAAUAUCAGUUUCAAGGUGUUGAUACCAUGAUAGGGCCUUCCCUUCAAAAUGCAUAACAGCCAGAGUAACACGCUGAUCAGGGGGAAUGUGGGGCAUUAGCUUAAAAUACCCUUGGCAUUUGAUCGUCCACGCUCGAGAGUUAGAUCCAUCAAAUCUGGGAAAGUCUAGCUUAGGAAAGGGUAGGUGCGGUUGGUGAUUACCUGGGUUCCCAUUAUUGCUAAACCUCUGAUAUAAUCUGUCACCUUGCAGGUUAUGUAUGUCCAUGGCCGUUGGUGGUUUUCCCAGGAUUGAAGGUUCAGUAGCAAAAGGGUUGUCAUCUGUAAAGCUCCCUCCAGAUCGGCCCUUAUUAACAGGUGAACUAGAAUUUAUUUGAGGUUCUGAUCUGACUUCUAUGGUGUCCAUCCUUUUCUGUAUAUUAUCCAAUUGUUUAAGGAUUUCCAUCUGGAUCUCCUGGGCUCGGGACUGAAUCUCCCCUUGUUUCUGUUCUGCAGCUUCUCUUUUCAGAAUCUCUGCCAUGAGAGAUUGUUCAAUCCGUUUCUGACCAUCCAAGCAUUCCUUCAAUCGGGUACCCUCUGCCAUCUACCUGGAUCAGAACGGCUCUGAUACCAAAUGUUAUGAUCCAACUUGGAAUCAGCGGAAAAAAAAAUAAUGGAGAAGAAGAUGCUACCAGAAGUUAGUUAGAGGGUGCAGGGAAAGAGAAGAAAGAGAAAAGAAUUAUGAGAGUGAUAAGGGAAUGAUACUUGUCGUAUCUUCCUACGUGUUCAUUUCUUCCUUAUAUAAGAUCCAAAAUAAGAGUAAUAACAGCUCAGUACAUAAAAGGGUCCAAACAGCCAAUAAAUUGUAAAUGGACUAUAAUAUUUAGUAAACAGCCCAAUAGUAUUAAGAGGCCCAAGUAUUUGAUAAUAUUCCUUCUUAGUUUUGAAUACAGCUUCCCGCUCCUGUAACAGCUCCAUCUCUAGUUAGGGUCAUAACAGACACUCACUUAUAUUGGAUAAAGAUCAAAUUGGACACUCACUUAUAUUGAAUUAUAAAACUUUAGUGUCCAAUAUGAGAUACAUAUGAAACCAUAGUGUCAAAUUUGAUCCAUUUGAAACCUUAGUAUCCAAUAUGAGAUUUUGAUGAAAUCAUAGUGUCCAAUUUGAACCUUAUACGUUCUACCCCAGUAACAACCGAGAGUUGCAGGAAAAAACAAAAAAAAAAAACAAAGAUUCAUAGAGAACUGAAAAGUUGGGAAGAGUAAGAGAAGGCAGUCAUCAUUUACUGUUUUAUACAACUGUCUGAUCAUCGGAAAGACAAGGGACGAUUUGUGGAAUAAAGUGAUGAUCAGAGUACCUCUUGGAUGGGCCAUGGAUGAAUGGAGAUGCCUUCCUCCUAUAUAACUGAAGAGCUCCUACCUGGCCAUCCAUUCUUUUUCUUAUAACUAGUAAGUCUAGUAAUUAAUCCAUAUAAAAACAAUCCUUGCAAAAAAUAUUCACCAUUUCAGCUUCGAGACAACGGCCAGUUGAAGACGAGAAAAAAAUGUCAGUCAAUUUUGUAUCUGCAAGCAGAAAUUCGGUCUCUAUCCAGAGAAAGAUAAUCCAAACCUGUUUGGAUCUCUGCAAUUAUGAGGAGGUUCCUCUCCAAGUCUGCGCAUAUUACUGUUCUGCCAUCUCUGCCUUCAUCCCUGGCCUCAAAGGCGUGGCGAUCGACACUCUGAAAUCAUUCGGCGUCCAGAUUGUCCAUAUCAACGAGACCAACCUUGCUGAUCAACCCCGAUUCGAGUCGGAAGAAGAGGAGGGAGUUUUGUUGGUUCACAUAGGUCUAGCGAUUUUGGUACUCUACAAUGACGUCUUUAAACAAAGCUAUGCCCGUUUGAUGAGGAUUUGGACCCUAUUUCUUCUGGCUAAGAUUGCCUGUUUUGCUGAAUACAUAUUAGAGGACGAUGAGUUCCCGCCGCUGAUAGCGAUUGAAAAGGCAGCCAUUAUAAGAAGGAUGCUUGGGGGUAUGCAUGGGUUGAGGGCAAAUGUGCUUACCACAAUAUUGGCUAAUCGAGAUGAAUCUCAAACAAUUGGUAGAGUCUGCUCUUAUCUGGCCGAAGUUGUGGCUUGGACUGAUAUGUCUGUACCGAAGAUAAUCGGCGACACACUUUUACUCACCGGAUCUCCUGUGCUUACACUUCCUGAGAUUCGUGAUGAGUUGCAUAAUCUUCAUGCCGCUUUCACGAAAAUCAAUCAGUCAUCGAGGCCGCAAUACUACGGAAUAAUGUAUCCCUCAUCUUCUAGUCUAAUCAUCAACGAAUCAAAUUUUCCUUACCUGUUUGCAAUUGGUCGGGAAUUCUUCUACGAUCGGGUUCCUAAAACUGUCCAUCCUAAGCCAGCUGAGAUCCGUAACCGUCAGAAGAGGGAGAGAACGCCGCCGCCGCCUGAAGAAGGCCGCCUUGCAGAUGAGUUGUUCAGAAUGUACCGUCAGUGGGUGAGGAUAUCAUCAACCGAAUCAUCACCACGGACGGUUGGAUCGGAAGCUAGUGGCCCUGCAGAAGAACUGAUCACAUCAGAGCACUCUGUUACGCCUAUAUACACAAACCACACCAUGGAUUUUCUCUUUAUAGACAGAAUGGUCGCCCUCAACGCUCGGCAUAUGCAAACUAUGGAGGCUCGUGGCAAAUUUGAUAGAAGGAAAUCAAUCAAACGACCUUGGAGUUGAAUUUUUAUCAAUGAAGACAGGAAGUUCAUGAAUCUGCAGAGUAUCUUCGUUUUUAAUUCUCUCCUUUUUACCUACUCGCCUUCUCUAUUGGUCUAUUGCUUUCUUUUAUCAAUGUUCUUUUAUGCACUAAGAAGGGUCUAUCACUAAUUUAUUGGAGUGUUUGUAACACCAAAAAACUUCAGGAACUCUUCAAUUUUAACUUAGGAGCCUUUGUUAGCUUUGGAUUCAUUGACUUGGUCAUUUAUUCUCACAGUGUCUCACUUGUUUAUGUCGAUGCCAUUGAUCCGUUUAAGACGAAGAAGCUUUAUC